AUGAUAACUUUUUCAUUUCAGUACAUAGGACAGAAGAACGUAGAUAUAAUAUUCAAAAACGAAUCGGCAUCACGGUCUGGUUCAUUAAAGCAUCGCUAUGCAUGGUCGCUCCUUAUGUGGGCUCUAAUCGAAGGCUAUGUGAAAGAAGGGACACAAGUGUACGAAGCAUCAUCGGGCAAUACUGCCGCUUCACUUGCCUACAUGUGCCGUCUUCUUAACGUACCAUUCACGGCAAUCGUGAGUAUCUUAUCAGAAUUACUUAUUUAUUCAACUUAUUUGUUGUUAUAA